UUUCUUACAGAAAAAGGAGCGCUAUCACUCGCCUAACCCCGAUCUGACCAUUCUUUUUCCGGAGUCGGUGCAGGAUGUGUCUACGAAUACCACACAAAUCAAGCAUACCAUGGAAUCAGUGUUUCUAUAUGUGGAUCAGCUGAUCAACAGAGAGAGAAAAUUACAGAUACAAAGUGAAAUCCCGGAGAAACUUUGCAACAUCAAUAGAAUUAUUGUUAAAAUUCUGUGUAAUUUAUACAGAAUGGGUGCCACUGAGCAGAUAGCACUGGAGGACAGAUCUGAGGUCAUACAAUCUUCCGUGAAGGUACCCCCUCCUCAUUAUAACUUCACAUUUAAGGAAUUGUUUGAGAGGUUCCAUGGAUUUCUAUGUGAAUUAAUGAAACACAGCGGAGUACAAUCUUCUAAUUGCUAACAGUGACACUGGUUUAGAUUUUAGCUUCAUAUUUAAUGGUAA